AUGGUGGCGGACUAUAGAACCGAGUUCUUCAAGCUGGGAAACCAAUGCAAGGGUGUCCCAGAAGAGACAUUGGUGGGCUUGUGCAUGGUGGGGCUCCGGCCGGAGAUUGCAGCGGUUGUCCGGGUAUUUGAGCCUGAUUCACUGCGAGCUGUUUUCCGUCUUGCAGGUAAUAAGGAGGAGGAACUUGCUAGCUGGCGGGGCGUGAUAGGCCGGUAUCAGAAGCCGAGUGGAGGAGGAAGUGGAAGCGGACCGAGUAGCAGCCCAGGGGUCCCGGCGCUGGGCCCUAGCACUGGAGGGGGAGUGACGACUGGUCCAACCACAACGACCAUUCGAGCGGGACCAAGGGCGCCGCCCAAGGGGUUUACUAGGUUGUCACCUGCCGAGAUUGAGCAGAAGAGACGGGAGGGAAAAUGUUUUAGUUGUGAUGAGAGGUUCACCUUUGGUCACAAAUGCGGGAAACCUAAGCUAAUGUUCUUGGUGGGGCGCUGGGAAGAUGAGGCCGAGGACGAAGUCACAGAGGAUUCUGGCGCAGGGCGAGAGAAGCCUCAACCUUGA